AUGAUGGUUCACGAUAAUCAUUUAUUUUCUCAACAAAGAGAGUUUUCGAUAUCUUUGAGGACCCGAACAUUAUCGAAUAAUGGUUACGGUAAUAAUCAUCAGAACACAAAAAAAGAAGAUUAUGAUCCACAAAAAAUCAGUAGAAAUGCUGUAGUGAAAGCUAUUGCAGGAAAUACAUUUAUUACAGCCAUUAAAUUUGCAGCAUAUAUCACAUCAGGCAGUGCCACUCUCUUGGCCGAGACAUGUCAUUCAUUAAUAGACAGUCUCAACCAAGGAUUGUUAUAUUUAGGAAUUAAGCAAUCGGCCAAAACUCCAGAUCAAAAGUAUCAGUAUGGAUAUGGUCGCGCUCGUUACUUUUAUUCUCUGGUGUCAGCUUUGGGAAUAUGGUGGAUUGGCUCAUUUUCUGUCAUGUAUAACGGUAUUCAAACACUAAUUCAUCCACCCUCUCAUCACACACACCCGAAAAUUACUGAUAUUGCCACAGGAACAGAACACCACAAUGUCCUUGUUCCUACCAGUGACAUGAUUGAGAAAGAUUCUUGGAGUUACAUGUUUUUGAACUCAUUUUUACCAGACCAAAUGGUCACGACCAUGAUGUGUCACUAUGGCCUAGUCACACCGAUUGUACUUUUGAUUUCAUUUGUCAUUGAUGGAGGUGUUUUAUUGAGUGUCAUUAAGGAUUUGAGAGAAGAAAAACCAAAAGGCAUGGGAAUUUUUCAAUACAUGAAAUCUAUUCAAGAUCCUAUGGUUUUGGCUGUAUUAUUAGAAGAUUUGGCUGCAUGUCUUGGCGUUGUGAUUGCCUUUGCAGGAAUUGGCAUGUCUGUUUAUACAGAUAAUUUAAUCUAUGACAGUGUUGCGUCGUUGGCCAUUGGAGGCUUAUUAGGACUUGUAUCACUUUCACUCAUUCAGCUUAAUAGAAACUAUCUUAUUGGACGAAGUAUUGACAGCAAAAUGGAGGCAAAAAUUAGAGACAUUCUAAUGAAGAGAGAAUCGAUUGAGGCUGUUUAUGCUAUUCAAUCACAAUGGUUGAGUCCAACAAGUUUCAGCGUGACUAUUGAGGUUGAUUUUAAUGGUUAUUAUUUUUGUAAAGUGCUCAAAGAGCUUGGCUAUGAAAAAGAAUUUAUCAAAAAGAGCAAAGAUGUGAAAGAAUUAAUGAAAUUGUUGAAUUGGUAUACUGAAGAUGUCACCAAAGCCAUGGAGAGAGAAAUUAUUGACAUUGAAGAUGACAUUCGAUCUCACAUUCCUGAAGCAACAUUUAUUGAACUGGAGCCAAGUUCGUCCAUGACUGGUUUUCGUAUUGUCGAAUAUAUGCUUAGCGACUCUCGAAAGUAA